AUGCUCUACGACCUUUGCGACUAUUGCCGAUUUAUUUAUAUGGUGGAUCGCCAACAUGAUCCAGCUUUUGGGACGCAAGCGAAUUUGGCAAAAAUCAAUCGCUAUUAUUCCCACUUGAAGAACAAGUCGAACGAAUUUGAAGAUAUUUCAGAGGUUAUGCCUCCCAAAUUUGAUAAUAAAAAUACGGUCGAACUGAUGGAGAGCUUGGAACAGUGGUUGAAGCGCAAUCGCGGAAAAGGUGGCACCUUGUUAACAUAUGUAAUCCGUGAGCAUCAAAAUCCGGACGACAAUCCAACAGCUGAUCCUGGUUUCCUUGUGCCAUCUGUGGAAGAUGAGGCAAUUCGCCGGAGCUUGCAUCGAGAGGACCAGUUUGUCGCUAAUAACAAAGCUGUGUGGAAUAUGUUAUAUUCGGUCUGCCAUGGAACUGAUGCUUGGCCUGUUAU